AUGGACGAGGGUUACAAGUUGGCGUCUGAUUGGUUCCACCAUGGAGACGGUAAAUCUGUAGCUGCAGUAGAAGGUGUUGAUAGUGUGAGGAAUACUGAGAUUUUUGGAUUAUACGAAGCAGCUACAUGUUUGGAUGAGGAUUUAGCUAGUAAGGGUUUAGAUUUAGUAGAAGUCGCUGAGGGUGAGGAUAGAAAGGAAGAUGAGUUUUUAGCUAAACUUGCAGAGGCUGAGACGCCGUUGUAUCCAACGUGUGUAAACCACAGCAAGCUGUCUGCUAUAGUGUCUCUCUUCAGAAUAAAGACUCAGAAUGGUUGGUCCGACAAGAGCUUCAACGACUUGCUGGAAACAUUUCCUAAGAUGCUACCUAAAGACAAUGUCCUGCACACUUCAACUUACGAUGUCAAGAAGUUCCUCAAAUCUUUUGAUAUGGGAUAUCAAAAGAUUCAUGCCUGCGUGAAUGAUUGCUGCUUGUUCAGAAAGAAGCUUAAGAAAGCCGAGAGUUGUCCUAAGUGCAAGGCUUCGAGAUGGAAAACAAAUAUGCACACCGGUGAGGUCAAGAAGGGUGUUCCGAAUAAGGUGUUAAGGUAUUUUCCAAUAAUCCCUCGGCUUAAAAGAAUGUUCAGAACUGAAAGUCUUGCUAAGGAUUUGAGAUGGCAUUUCAGUAACAGGAGUAGUGAUGGGAAACUGCGCCAUCCAGUAGACUCUGUUACAUGGGUCUCAAUGGAUGCCAAGUACCCGUCUUUCGCAGCUGAGCAAAGAAAUUUACGGCUUGGUCUCUCUACGGAUGGGUUUAAUCCGUUCAGCAUGAAGACCAGUAGAUACUCUAGUUGGCCAAUGCUUCUAGUGAACUACAACAUGGCGCCUGAUCUCUGCAUGAAAGAAGAGAAUAUCAUGCUUAGUCUUCUGAUUCCUGGACCGCAUCAGCCAGACAAUGAAGACGACUGCAGUGAAUCAGAUGAAGAAGAAAACCUAGUUGAAAAAGACGAAGAGGAGCUAUCUAGAUGGAAGAAAAGGUCAAUCUUUUACACAUUGCCGUAUUGGGAGGAGCUCCCAGUUAGGCACAACCUAGACGUGAUGCAUGUGGAAAAGAACGUUGCAUCAAGCUUAAUUGCUACGUUGUUACAUUGUGGCAAUUCAAAAGACGGCCUGAAAGCUAGAAAAGAUCUUGAAGCCCUUGGUAUCCGAAAGAAUUUGCAUCCUAAAGCUCAGGGUAAAAGGACGUUGCUUCCUGCUGCACCUUGGUCUUUGUUAAAGACGGAGAAGAAACUAUUUUGUAAGCGGCUCUUUGACUUUAAAGGACCAGAUGGUUAUUGUUCUAACAUCUCCUCGUGUGUGUCAUUAGAAGAAUCGAAAGUGAUGGGACUAAAGUCUCAUGAUUACCACGUCCUGAUGCAGCAACUUCUGCCUGUUGCGAUCCGAGGUUUACUACCUAAGGGUCCAAGGUUAGCCAUUUUCCGGUUAUGUGUGUUCUUCAAUCUCCUAUGCCAAAGAGUUAUUGAUAUGGAACAAAUCCAAGUAAUGGAGACAGAGAUUGUGGAAACUCUAUGUAUGUUUGAGAGGUUCUGGCCACCUAGUUUCUUUGACAUCAUGGUGCAUUUGUGUGUGCAUCUCGGUAGAGAGGCGCGUUUAGGUGGUCCGGUUCAUUUCAGAUGGAUGUAUCCAUUUGAGAGGUACAUGAAAGUAUUGAAAGACUAUGUAAGAAACCCAGCCAGACCAGAGGGCUGUAUAGCUGAGUCUUAUCUAUCAGAAGAAUGUAUGAGGUUCUGCGCAGCCUUCUUGAAAAAAACAACAAACGUAGAGGAAAAGGCCGAGCGAAAUACUGAGUAUGAAAGCAAAUCAAUCUUGGAAGGUCGACCUUUAUCAGCCGGUAGUUCAUUCAGUUUGACUGAGAUGGAAAAGAAAAUUGCUCAUUUAGCUGUUAUUCAGAAUACGGCCUUGGUGGAACCUUAUGUUGUGGCUCAUUUACAACACUCCAAGACACAAACGGUAGAUGUCGUCGGAAUUCUACUCAUUUGUGGAAUACGGCUAGAUGCUGAAGAUAAAGCCGAUACUCUGAAAUGGUUGGCUUAUGGUCCGCGGAGUGUAGCCAGGUCUUUCACAGGGUAUAUUGUGAAUGGACUGCGGUUUCAUACCAACUCAGUUGAUAGACUAAGUCGGAAUAGUGGGGUUUACUAUGAGGCUACGGCGAUGUGUAGAUCUAGUGCUAAGGACACAGCACAAGUAGUAGACUUGGUUUCAUAUUAUGGCAAAGUAGUUGAUAUUAUCCUACUAGAUUACAAUGUGUUCUACGUUCCCAUAUUCUGGUGUCAUUGGGCUGUUAGAGGAAACGGGGUUAAAGUUAAAGAUGGGUUCACACUUGUUAAUAUGAAUCAGAGUCAAGCAUCUUUCUCCAAGGAUCCGUUCAUCUUAGCAUCUCAGGCGAGACAAAUAUUUUAUUCUAGAGAUAACGAUGAUUCCAGUUGGUAUGUAGCUAUGAGAGGUCCAUCUAGGAGAUACAGUGAUGAGAAUGAUGAAAUAGUGAACACAGAAGUAGGUCCGCUACCUUCAGAGGUUGACAUGGGUAUAGAAGAUUUGGCAGACGGAGCACCAAAUGUCAGAGAUGAUUGUGAAGGAAUUUACGUUUGA